AUGCAGGCCCAGCAACAGCGCCAACAGCAACAAGGACAGCAGCAGCAAAAUGGCCAGCUCCCACAAGAACAGAAUGGCGCUCUCAAUGGCAGCGCUGCUGUCCAGCCCACCAACGGCGCUGCUCAACAACCUACACCUCAGCAGCCGUCAUCGGGCGUGUCCAAGGAGGCACUCUUGUCUAACGACCAGCAGAACACCUUGCGCCAACAGCUAUCCGCCUUUAACUACCUGCAGAAGAACAUGCCCAUUCCUCAGAAUAUUCAAGACUCUCUGUUCCAAUCCCAGAAGACUACCGCUGCCGACCCAUCAAAACCUGCCUCGCCCGCAACACAAGCAUCCACCAAGACCCACCGCUUCCAGUCCUUCAAGGACCCUCACGCCUUGAUCCCCAGUACUAUCUCAUAUCUCGACCACACGCGCCGCGACCAGCGCCAGAUCAUACCCAGUAUCAUGCCUUUGGGCAUUGAUGUCGACAGAGCACGUGAAGAGAGGGAAGCCAUUAUGUACAACCGCAUUAUGGCGCGUAAGAGUGAACUGGACAAACUUCCUGCAAACAUUGGGUCUUGGGACACAACCUCGUCCACUGUCCCUGUUGACAAUGGCAGGCUGAAGCUCAAGGCUCUCAUCGAGCACAAGAUGCUGAACCUGCUCCCCAAGCAGCGCCAAAUGAGAGCAAACGUGAGUCGUGAGAUGAUGCAGUCGGACAACCUCGCCAUGACUGCCAACCGUGCUCUUUACCGCCGCAUCAAGAAGCAAUCUCUGCGCGAAGCUCGCAUCACCGAGAAGCUCGAGAAGCAACAGCAAGAUGCCCACGAGUCAAAAGAGAAGAAGAAGCACAACGACUUCCUUCGCUCCGUGUUGUCUCACGGCAGCGAACUCAAGGCCUCGGCUGCGAACCAGCGAACAAGGAUCCAAAAGCUGGGCCGCCUCAUGCAGACCACUCACGCCAACAUCGAGAAGGAAGAACAAAAGCGCAUCGAAAGAACCGCCAAGCAACGUCUGCAAGCCCUCAAGGCCAACGACGAAGAAACUUACCUCAAGCUGCUUGGUCAGGCAAAAGACAGCCGUAUUUCUCACCUGCUCAAGCAGACCGAUGGUUUCCUGGACCAACUAGCCGCUUCCGUCAAAGAGCAGCAACGUGGAGCUGCUCGCAGAUACGGACAUGUCGAAGAGGAAGAGGAAGAGGAAGACGAAGUUGAUGGAGAUGAUGAAGACGGCGAGGGCAAGUCAAGGAAGGUCGACUACUACGAAGUUGCCCACAAGAUCAAGGAAGAAGUCACUAAGCAAGCUGAUAUUCUGGUUGGUGGUACUUUGAAGGAGUACCAGCUCAAGGGUCUCCAGUGGAUGAUUUCACUCUACAACAACAACCUCAACGGUAUCCUCGCUGAUGAGAUGGGUCUGGGAAAGACUAUCCAAACAAUCAGUUUGAUCACCUACCUUAUUGAAAAGAAGCGCCAGCCUGGACCUUACCUGGUCAUUGUACCUCUGAGUACUCUGACCAACUGGAACAACGAGUUCGACAAGUGGGCCCCCUCUGUUUCGAAGAUUGUCUACAAGGGGCCACCUGCGCAAAGAAAGACCCAUCAGAACCAAAUAAGAUACGGCAACUUCCAGGUCUUGCUUACGACAUACGAAUUUAUCAUCAAGGACAGACCCGUACUCAGCAAGAUCAAGUGGUUGCACAUGAUCGUUGAUGAAGGUCAUCGUAUGAAGAAUGCCAACUCGAAGCUGAGCAGUACCAUUACUCAGUACUACACGACACGUUAUCGUCUGAUCUUGACUGGUACUCCUCUUCAAAACAACCUUCCUGAACUGUGGGCUCUUCUCAACUUCGUCCUCCCUACCAUCUUUAAAUCGGUCAAAUCGUUUGAUGAAUGGUUCAACACUCCUUUCGCCAACACAGGUGGACAGGACAAGAUGGAGCUGUCAGAAGAAGAGCAGCUGCUUGUUAUUCGUCGUCUUCACAAGGUUCUUCGACCUUUCCUUCUCCGACGUCUCAAGAAGGAUGUCGAGAAAGACCUGCCCGACAAGCAGGAGCGUGUCAUCAAGUGUAACUUCUCAGCACUUCAAGCCAAGUUGUACAAACAGCUUGUCAGUCACAACAGGCUUAUGGUCAGCGAUGGCAAGGGUGGAAAGACUGGUCUACGCGGUCUCAGCAACAUGCUUAUGCAGUUGAGAAAGCUUUGCAACCAUCCUUUCGUCUUCGAAGAAGUCGAGGAUCAGAUCAAUCCUGGCAGAGGUACGAACGACACACUGUGGCGUACAGCUGGAAAGUUUGAGCUUCUCGACAGAAUCUUGCCUAAGUUUGAAAAGUCUGGUCAUCGUGUCUUGAUGUUCUUCCAGAUGACACAAAUCAUGAACAUUAUGGAAGAUUUCUUGCGUCUACGCGGUCUUCAGUACUUGCGUCUGGAUGGAUCGACUAAGGCUGAUGACCGCAGUGAGCUCCUCAGAAUCUUCAACGCGCCCGAUUCGCCUUACUUCUGUUUCUUGCUAUCGACCCGUGCCGGUGGUCUCGGUUUGAACUUGCAGACUGCCGAUACUGUCAUUAUCUACGAUUCUGAUUGGAACCCUCACCAGGAUCUUCAGGCACAGGAUCGUGCUCAUCGUAUUGGUCAGAAGAACGAAGUCCGCAUCCUACGUCUCAUCAGUUCCAACUCUGUGGAAGAGAAGAUUCUCGAACGUGCCAACUACAAGCUUGAUAUGGAUGGCAAAGUUAUUCAAGCUGGUAAAUUCGAUAAUAGAUCAACCAAUGAAGAACGUGAUGAGAUGCUUCGUGUCAUGUUGGAAUCUGCCGAAGCAGCCGAAGCAUUCGAACAGGAGGAGAUGGACGACGAUGAUCUGAACAUGAUCAUGAUGCGUUCGGAGGAGGAGUUGCAACUCUUCCAACAGAUGGAUCGUGAACGUUACAAGGAGCAGAAGUAUGGUCCUGGAAAGAAGCUUCCUCGUCUCAUGUCUGAAGCUGAGCUUCCUGACAUCUACGUCAACGAAGACAACCCGAUUGAAGAGAUUGUCGAAGUCGCUAUGGGUCGUGGUAACCGCGAGCGUGCCAAGGUUAAGUACGAUGACGGUCUUACCGAGGAACAAUGGCUCGAAGCUGUCGACAACAGUGACGAUGAUAUCGAGUCCGCCGUUGCUCGUAAGCAGGCGCGUAUCAACAAACGUGCUGGUAACAAGGAGAAGAGGCUCCGUGGCGAAGAAGGUUUGGACGACACGCCUCCGCCAGACUCUCGCGCCAGUUCAGAAUCACCUCAGCCCAAGAAACGCGGUCGCAAGCCCAAGGCAGAGACGCAGAAGCGCAAGGCCGAGGAAGAGGUCGAAGCACCUCAACCGAGAAAGCGCGGCCGUCAAGCUAAGGUGCCCGAUAUGCUGCCACCGACUGAACGUGAGCAUCUGCAAGCUGUUCUCGAUACGGUGCACGAUACACUCAUGGACUUGGAAGAGGUGUCAUCAGAUCCUGACCUAGCGAACAGAGGGAUCAUCGACCCCUUCAUCGAGCUUCCUCCUCAGAAGCACUACCCUGAUUACUACCAGCUCAUCCGUAAUCCCAUCUGCAUGGAGCAGAUUCAGAAGAAGAUCAACAAGAAGCAGUACCAGAACCUGCGUCAAUUCAGACAGGACAUCAAGCAACUGUGCGACAACUGCAGAACUUACAACGAGGAUGGCAGUAUUCUGUAUCAAGACGCAAACCUGAUUGAGGAAACCGCUGUCAAGAAGCUCGCCGAAGAGACGGCCAAGUAUCCCGAGUUUGCUGAUUGGGAAACUGAGACUGGCAACACACGACCAGUGUCGAAUGCAGGCACACCCCAGCCACGUGUCAAGCUGAGUCUUGGUGGCCGUAAGAGCCGUGGUGGUACCGAGUCCAUGGCACAGAGCGACGACGACGAAUAG